AUGCAAAUUCUCCGUGGUAUAUUCAGUCAUGAAGGUAGUGGUAGUAGUAACAGUAGUAAUAAUAACUGUAAUGGAAUCCACAAUAAUGCAGAAAAGAAAAAAGCUGCCAUACCAAACCCAAUUGACGCAUACGUCAGUCGAUGGAAUUCUGAUCCUGACUCACGUGGAUCAUACUCGUAUGUUGCCGUUGGUGCCAGUGGGGCGGACUAUGAUAUUCUGGGUGAACCGGUAUCCCCUCCUACUUAUGAGGUUUCUAGUGAGAAACAAUCGAAAAUCUCUUCGGAGCCAUUACAAGAGGAUGAAAGUUCUCCCACACAAAUUCCUCGGAUAUUUUUUGCUGGAGAACAUACUUGUCGGUGUUAUCCUGCAACUGUUCAUGGUGCACUUUUAAGCGGUUUGCGUGAAGCAGCUCGUGUCGCUAAUAGCUACUUUCCUGGGCAAACACCCAUUCGUAUAUCAGGAUUUAAACUAAAUAUUUCAUAUGACGCUACACAGGAUGGCAAUGAGACACUAGAUGCUUUCUACCAUGGGUGGCAAAAUAAAGUGAAGCUAAAGAACUCAACAGGAGGAUAUUCUGUCAAUAAGACUCAAGUUCCUUCUGGUGCUUCUGUGUACAUAUUGGAUUCAGAUGAUUCAAAAUCACGAGUUUCAACGAACGGACGUGUAGAUUUGCUUCGUCUCUUUCAAAAGAAUCUAAAGCUAAAGGACGCUAAAUCCAAUUUAUGCGGUGCUUUCAUAAAAUGUGUGCAUAACAACUCUGAGUAUAAUGGUCUGUAUCUGCAACCGUUGGACAGAAAUACGUCAUCGACGCAUAUUUCCGCACUGCCAUUUGAAUUGCUUUUACGAAUCGUUCGAUGGACCAUUGGCAGCCACUUGGAUAUACGAGUUUUGGGUAUACUGGCUCGUGUAUGCCGUGGUUUCUAUCUUCUAGCCAAUGACGAUUCAAUAUGGCGAGAUGUAUGUUUUAAACUAUGGCCAAUAUGGAUGACAUAUGAUAUUGCCUGUAAUAAUAGAUUGAUAUCAAAUCAAAUGAUUCCUACACCUUCUCCAAUGCAUUACACUUCUUGGCGGGAGAUGGCAAUCUAUCGACCACAAGUUUUAUUUCAUGGAUGUUAUCUUUGUCGUGUAACCUACGUAAGGACAGGAGAACCGGAGAUUGGCUCAUCUUACAGACCUGUGUUCGAGGUUGUAUACUAUCGAGGUAUACGUUUUCAUGCGUCAACUAAUCAGAUAAGCAUGUUUACUGCACCUUCUGAUCCAUCUUCCAUUGUGGCUGUGUUAAGUAAGUCGCACCAGUUAUCAACAGAUGCCAGUCUUACUGAAAACAACAAUGAUAAUAACAAUUGUCAAGCUAUUGGAAAAACAGCUGCUUCUGGUACAUUCUUGGAAGGAACUUAUGAAUGGUGUGAUCAUGAUUCAAUAAUAUGCACAUUACAUCAAUUGACUGAUAAAGAGAAUCAGCCUCCGGUGAGAAGACAUCGACGUUUCGGUCCUGUCAUACCACAAUUAACUGUUACAUUCACUAUAAAAUUUAAAAUUUGCAAUAAGAAACGUCGUCUACACAAUCAACUGAUUUGGAACUCGUAUGUUAUUCAUACUUUUGAUAAGUGAGUUCAUUGUUCUGAUUAAUUUUCUUUGUAUGACUUUGAAAUAGUGGAGAAUAUUUAUAGCUCAGGUGAAUAGUCUUGGUUGUAUUGUAUUCUCUGAGCUGAGUUGUUUACUCUUGGAGCUUUCAUCGUCUCUAAAUUAUUUAUUUUUUUUAAAAAAGAAGCAUAUGUCUGCGGUGCAUAGAUAAUGUAUGUAAUGUCCUACCAAAUCGGUUAUAAAAGCUUACCUUUAUAUUUCAGUAGAAUGGAAAUUUCCAUUGAAACAUUCAAGAAACAAUUAAUUGAAUGAAAACAUAUUUCUUUCCAAUUAUUUUCAUUCUCUCAUUAUCUUAACGUAACUAAUGUCAACAAUUGUCUAUCUGCCAAUUCAGUUACAACCUGCUUUGAAUUUUCCAGUUUUAUAAUGUAUACUUUUUUAAGGUGUGAUCCACAAUGGGAAAGCUCAGUGACGCCUUUGUUGAUGAUGACUUAUGUCUAGUGUCGCACACACUGGAAGAUGUACAGGCGAAAACCAACAAGUUGACAGAAGAGACGAGGCAGCGAAGACAGGACUUCCUUCGGGUGAAUGUAGAGAAGACAGGUGAUGAAGAUACCCAACCGACAACAAAAACAACAAGCACCAAUCACCGUGGACGGGAGAAACCUAAAGGAAGUUGUCUCUUUCCCCUACCUAGACAGCAUCAUUUCAACUACAGGCAGCGGUACAGACAAUGAUGUCAAAACCAGCCAGGAUCGGAAAGAUAGCAAGGCAGGCCUUCAUUAAUCUGAACCCAGUGUGCAGAUGUACUGCACUCAGCACAAAGAACAAGAUCUGGAUUUUUAACACCAAUGUCAAGUCAGUGCUACUAUAUGGUUCAGAAACUUGGCGCGUCACGAAAAGCACUUCCAACAAACUACAGAUAUUCAUCAACAGCUGCUGCCUACGCCCACUCGAUACUGAAGAUCAGAUGGCCAGAAUAAUGAGAAUAAGCAAGAAGGAACUCUGGUUGACUGGCAACCAACCAACCAAGAAGCUAUCACUCAACAAAUAUGCAGAAGGAAGUGUUGAUGGAUUGGAUUGGGCAUACACUGAGAAUGAAGACGGUUUGGGGAUAUGACGCGCUAUGCCAGGCCGUCGAGUGGAAGGUGAAGGGGAAACGACGAGUUGGGCAUCUGGGGUGAGGAUGACAUGGAGGAGAUGGUGUGAGGAAGAAAUGAAAGUUAAUGGGCAGUGGUGGAGCCAAGUUGAAAAAAACUGCAGAGAAGAGAGUGAAAUUGUGAUGUGCUACUAAAGCCCUAUGUUCCACUAGGAACUCAAGGAAAAAAUAAUAUAAUAGUGCUUUUUAAGGUAAUAUUCAUUGAAACCUAGGAGCAUUGGACGUCUGUUUCUUCCUAGUAUGUGUCUGCUCAGCAGUACGCGCCCGUGACCCCGCCAGGAGUUGAACUCAAGACCUUUGGGUUGCACAGUGAACGCUAUAGCGAUUCAGCCACUUGAUCGGAGUUCGAUGGCUUACAGUUUCCUAAUUCUCUCAGUUUGCAAUAUAGCUUGACUAUCAACCAAGGUCUUCAGGUAGGAUUCGCUUCACUUCUGACUAGUUGACUUCACAGGUCACAGCUUCUCAUUAGAACUUCGGAUAACACAUCUCGAAACAGGUCACUAAUGAGCACCAUAUAGCAAUAUAUUUUUGGGGUCAAUUCAGAUUUUGUUUUUUAAAGUAGUAUCCAUCAUAGCCUGACAUCCGUCGAUGAACCAUAGAAAACCUGGGAGCACACUGGUAUGGGACUCCUCAGCAGUGCACGUCCGUUGCCCGAGGUUCCGCAACCUGUGGGGUUAGCCAGUCGGAAAUGAAGUGGAAACCAACUGAAGACAUUGGUUGAUAGUCGUGUUAUAUCUUCUUUGUUUUUUUUAGUUGCUGCAUGGCAAUUAACACCCUAAUGAAAUUGUAAAAUUAAUCAUUUUCUCAGUAUGUAAAUUGUCGUCACCAAAUUGCUUUUAUGCAUUGUAUCAAUAAGAGAAACUUACGUAUUGGCGUAGAACUUAUGAAAAGGAGCUAAUUGAAAAUAAAUAUUUCUUCACCCAACUUAUUGUCUACUUAUCUAAACAUAAAAUCUAAAAUUUCCGUUGCGAAAUUUUAACCAGAAAUCCUGUGAAUAUAUAUUGGAGUUAUGUUUUACACAGUACCAAUUUUUAGUAGACACGUUUGUACCAGCUAAGAAAAACUAUGAAAUUUUGGAAUACUAGAAGGAUUUUUAAUUUUCAGUAAAUUGAGACAUCAUUCAAUAAAAUAAUAUUGAAACAUAUUUCUGCUGCUUGUCAGCAAAGUUUAUCGCGAGAAUUUUUCAACUCUUCAAAAUUUGAAACUGCAUAUGACGUUGAAUAUGACUGUUGAGGUAUUCCAACCUACUGUUGUUGUUUACACAGGAAAACUGUCCAUCACCAAAUCAAAUGUAUAUUUUGCAAUUCUGAGACACCUCAGAAACCCUACUUAGCAUUUUCAAUAGGGCUAGAAUUAAAGUGACAUUUUA